CUGGCCGUGGCCGCCGGCUAUAUAACGGCCGCACCCGCGGCGCCGCCUUUGGUUCCACUCCCACCGCCAUCACCAAGCGAUCGAUCGAUCCCUCGAACCAGGGCGAGGACUCCAGUGAGAUCGAGGAGAUGCAGGUCUUCGUGAAGACGCUGGCGGGGAAGACCGCCAUCCUCGAGGUCGAGGGCGGCGACACCGUCGCCGCCGUCAAGGCUAAGAUCCAGGACAAGGAAGGUGUCGCCGCGGACGAGCAGCGGCUCAUCUUGGCGGGGACGCAGCUGGAGGACGGGCGCACCAUGGCCGACUACGGCAUCCAGAAGGAGUCCACGUUUCACCUGGAGCUUGGCCUCCUCGGCGGCUGCUGGUGGAUCGAGCCAAACCUCCGCGCCCUCGUGUACAACCACAACAUCAACAAGAUGAUCUGCCGCAAAUGCUAUGCUACCCUGCCCCCCGGGGCCAGGAACUGCCGCAAGAAGAAGUGUGGCCACAGCAACCAGCUGAGGCGAAGGAAGCUGGGGUUCUUCAAGGGAUGUUUCAGGUUCUGCACCUGACUCACCUGUUGAAUAAACUGUCUCGGUUUGAUAUCAGAGUAUCAGUCUUUUAAAGCUUUGCUGCGGCACAAAAAUCCUCCCGGAUACUGAACAUCGACUACUCUUCUGAAUGCUUGGGUUAUCUUGACGGCAUGGUUGAUGCUAGUUGAUAGCUUAAUAUGGUAGCUUAACAAAAUUCCUCCUGCUUUGUAUGCUGCUCCGUUUUCAGUCCUUUGAAAUUCUGGGUUCCGGUUGCUCUGUUCAUGUAGUUGGUGCCACACUGCCAUGUUUCAGUUAACUGUUAACAUGGUGUUCACCGGAUGAGGUUAUGUGCAAACGAUGAUACAGGUUAUAUGGCCAAUGAGAUAUUUCUACUUGCAAUUAA